AUGGCUCAAUCGCAAUUAUCCCAAGAACUUAUAUUUAUUUGUUUAAAAUUUGGUAUAAAAUAUCAAUCGAUUCAAAUAGACAAAUCUGAUCCUAAUGUACUUGAUUUAAUAAAAAGAAAUUCUGAAGAUAUUGUUUCAAAAUCGAUUGGUAGUCUUGAAGCAAAUGAUCGUCUUCAUCACAUACAAUUAUUCCUUAUUUCACCUGAUUAUCAAACACCAAGUUUAAAAUUAAUUAAACGUGCCAGUGAUUUAACCCCUGCAUGUUUUAUUGAAAUAAUUAUUUGGCGUUCAGAUCAAGAAAAUGUAAUACCAGCACGUGAUCAUUUACUUGCCGAGCACAGUUAUAAAAAACCAACAUAUUGUUCACAAUGUGAUUAUUUUAUGUGGGGUCUGAUUAAACAGGGUAAACGAUGUAAAGUAUGUCGAAAAGAUUUUCACCAUCAAUGUGCUGAACAUUUACCAGCUGACUGUCCUGGUGAAUAUUCAAGAAGUAGCUCAUUGAUGGCUCGUGCAUCAUCCAAUGUGACAAUUGAUUCAAGAGCAUCCCAAAAUCAAGUAUUUACUGAUGGUGACAUGAUAAGUGUAACUAGUGAUGCCACGAAAGGUAAAACAGCCAAACGUCCUAAAAUCUUUGGUGGUAGUAAUCGUGCAAAUGCAUCAACAAAAAAUUCAAAAUCAUCCACAACAUCGUCAACACCGAGUACGCCUACAUCAAGUGUUCAAACUCCAAUAAAAGUUUCACUACCAGUAUCAAAUAUAAAUCAAAACGAGUCAUCUAUACUAACGAAUACAACUGAAGGAUCAACACCAACGUCAACAUCAAUGAAUGGUCGAAAGAAUACUCGUUUUUCUCCAGAUCAAACAUUACAUGUCAAUCAUCGAACACAACAAAUUCAUGUCAAACCAGAUAGACGUAAAGACAUUAAAAUAACAAAUUGCCAAGAGAAAGAUGGUAUUUGGACAGCAACAGGCCAAUUUGGAAGAGAAAGUCGUCAUAGUAAACGUGCAGAAAUUACAUAUGAUAAGAAAAAAUUUCGAUUUAUACAAAAAGAUGAUCAAGGAAAUAAACAUGUUUUUGAAAUACCAACUUCAGAUAUUGAAGCCAAUCGAUCUCAAUCAUCACCUAAUAUAUUAACAAACGGUACAUCCGAUACAAAAUCUGUGGUACCACCACCAUUAGCAGUUAUCUAUCAAAAAUUAGCAUAUCUUCUUCUCGAUACUAUAAAUGAAGCUGUCAAAUCAACAAACGAUGGUCGAAUGCGUUCAUCGUUUAAAAUAGUUCGUGGGCCAGAAAGCGAUUCAAAAGAUUUUGCUGAUUUAUAUGAUAUGAAUGAAAAAGAAAUCCUUGGUAUGGGUCGUUUUGGUAUGGUAUUUGGUGGUACGAUGCGUCGUAAUGGCGUACGUGUUGCAAUAAAAAAGAUUCAAACAACUGAAUGUUCACAAAAAGAUAGAGAAAAUAUUGAACAAGAAGCUGCUUAUUUAUUUCAAUUGAAUCAUCCUGGUAUUCUAAAAUUUGAAGGCAUUUUCGAUUUCGAACAGCAUAUAUUUCUUGUUACCGAACGAUUAGAUACCGAUAUGUUAAAUUAUAUUCUUUCAAAUCCAAAGCCAAAAGCUCGUCUAAAUGAAGAUAUUACACGUUUCCUUGCAUUUCAAUUAGUGGCAGCUAUACGAUAUUUACAUUUUAAAAAUAUAGCACACUGUGAUUUAAAGCCUGAUAAUGUUCUAAUUAAUAUAUUUCCCGAUGAUGUGGUACACUUAAAAGUUGGGGAUUUUGGUUAUGCACGAACCAUUCACGAACAUUCAUUACGUUAUACUAAAGUAGGUACUACUGCUUAUUUACCACCAGAAGUAUCUCAUGAUCAAUGGCGAAAUGCUCGUGGUUAUAACAAAACAGUCGAUAUGUGGGCGAUAGGUGUAAUUAUAUUUGUGAGUUUAACUGGUUAUUUUCCUUUUCACGAAGAAAUUGAUAUAUUACCUCAAUUGGAAAACAUUCCAAAAUUAUUUCAAGAUGAUUUAUUUAAUGAAAUAACAGAUGAAGUGAAAGAUUUAUUACGUUUUCGUUUGUUAGUUCCUGACGCUGGUCAUCGUAUGCAUUCUGCGGGUGUUAUUUAUCAUGAUUGGUUUCAAAAAUCACGAAAUUUACUGAAAUCAUGUAAACAACUUGAAGAAUGUUUAGAAAAAAAAUGGUUAACAUUGUUUUUUGAAGAAACAGAUUCAAAUGCUAAUGUUUCAGUAGCAACUAUUGAAGAAAGUGACAGCAAUUAA